UACAGCAAGAGUAAUAAAGACUAAUAACAACAGCAGCAGCAUCUACAACAUUAAGAUAAACAUAAACAGUAACAAAGGAAAGAGUAGCAACAGAGUAUGAAUGUGGUUCUGGCAGCGUCCCAGGCCGACACCGGUGGUAUAGAGGUGAGGUGGCAGAAGCGCCACCCAGUGUAGUGCUUCACCACCCGCCGCCAUCAGUGCCUCCGUCGUGUAGUGCCCCACCACCGUCAGUGCCACCGUCGUGUAGUGCCCCACCACCACCCGCCGUCCUCCUCCCCGUCACCAGAGUUAAAAUGUCGAAUGAAAAGAUCAACACGAACUGCGUGACGCUGACGCGGUUCAUCCUGAAGGAGCAGAAGAAGCACCCGGAGGCCACGGGCGAGCUCACCAUGCUGAUGAUGGGCAUCCAGACGGCCGUCAAGUGCAUAUCCAACGCCGUCAGGAAGGCUGGCAUCGCUGCUCUCCGUCAUGAAACAGUCUUCCGUAUUGUGAGCUGCAAGCGUCUUACUGACUGUUUCACCAAGUGCAAGUAUGGUUUGGCUGGUGAUGUGAAUGUGCAGGGUGAAGAGGUAAAAAAACUGGAUGUACUGGCCAAUGACCUCUUCAUCAACAUGCUGACCUCUUCCUACACCACCUGCCUCCUAGUCUCAGAGGAAAACAAGACUGUAAUUGAGGUAGAGAAAGAUCGUCAAGGAAAGUAUAUUGUCUGCUUUGACCCCCUUGAUGGCUCCUCCAACAUUGACUGUUUGGUGUCAAUUGGUUCAAUAUUCUCAAUCUUUAGGAAGAUCUCGGAUGAUGACCCUAAUGUAAAUGAUGCACUCCAGCCAGGCAAUCGUCUUGUUGCAGCAGGAUAUGCCCUCUAUGGCUCAGCUACUAUGAUGGUCAUAUCUACUGGGAAUGGAGUUAAUGGAUUCAUGCUUGAUCCAAGCAUUGGAGAGUUUGUACUGACAGAUCCUAACAUGCAAAUCAAAGAAAAGGGCAAGAUUUAUAGCCUGAAUGAAGGAUAUGCAAACCUCUGGGACCCAGCAGUUUCAGAAUUCGUCAAAGGAAAGAAGGCAAAGAAAGCAGGCGCAAGAUACAUUGGUUCUAUGGUUGCUGAUGUUCACCGAACUAUUAAAUAUGGUGGAAUAUUUAUGUACCCUGCUACAGCAGAUUCUCCCAAAGGCAAGUUGCGGUUGUUGUACGAGUGCAACCCAAUGGCCUACUUGGUGGAACAGGCUGGAGGAAAAGCAACAACUGGCAAGAUGCCUAUUCUGGAUAUUGUGCCUACGGACAUUCAUCAACGCACACCCAUCUUCCUUGGCUCUGCCGAUGAUGUACAGGAAAUCAUUGAUCUCUACACAAAACACAAUCUUUAAAAUAUCGGUUGAGUGGUAAUUAGCUAUGAUUGUAAUUUUAUAAUUAAAGUUCUUACAUGUGUUAAAUUUGUUGGAUGAAGGUUCUAUAUGAAAUAAAUCGGUACAUGGA